AUGGUGGAGUUUAGAGUUUUUCAAUCAACAAAAAAAAUUAUCUUACAAGCGAAAAUGUUUACCUCUAUUCUUAGAAACUCAUACAACACCAACAGAGUAGCAUUCAAUGCAAUCAGAUCAUUCAGUACCGCUCAAAAACCAAUCAAUGUCAAUUCAUUGGUUGUCGAGAAAACAAAGCAACCACUACCAAAAUUCACAGAUAAGAAUAAAUUGAUCUUUGGUAAGGAGUUCUCCGAUCAUAUGCUUGAGAUCGAAUGGGAUAUCAACAACGGUUGGUCAGCACCAAAGAUCUCUGCUUAUCACAACCUUUCAUUACCACCCUCAGCAUCAGUGUUCCACUAUGCCAUCGAGUGUUUCGAAGGUAUGAAAGCAUACAAAGAUAAAGAAGGUAAAGUUCGUCUUUUCCGUCCAAUGGAGAAUAUGAAGCGUUUCGCUACUUCCGCCGAAAGAUUAUGUUUACCAUCAUUUGAUAAAGAAGCAGUGAUUGAAUUGAUUAAGAAAUUGGUUUUGUUGGAUCAAGAUUGGAUUCCAGAGGGUAAGGGAUAUUCGUUGUAUUUGAGACCAACUUUGAUUGCCACACAAAAGAGUUUGGGUGUUUCCGCUUCCAACUCUGCUUUGAUGUUUGUCAUUGCUUCGCCAGUCGGACCAUACUACCCAGAGGGAUUCAAGCCAGUUCGUUUGUUGGCCGACGACAGAUUCAUUCGUGCCUGGGUUGGUGGAUCCGGUGCUUUCAAGCUCGGUAGCAACUACGCACCAACCAUCUUCCCUCAGUUGGACGCCGCCAAGAAGGGAUACUCUCAGGUGUUGUGGUUGUUGAACGACUACGUCACCGAGGUCGGUACAAUGAAUAUGUUUGUACUCUGGAAGAAUAACCAGGGUGAGUUGGAGUUGAUCACUCCACCUUUGACCGACGGAACUAUCUUGCCAGGUGUCACUCGUGACUCGAUCUUGAAGUUGGCUCAACAAUGGGGAGAGUUCAAGGUUUCCGAGAAGAACUUCACCAUGUCCGAACUCGCAAAGGCCAUCAAAGAGGGUCGUGUAAAGGAGGCUUUCGGUGCUGGAACUGCUGCCAUCGUAUCACCAAUCAAAUCAAUCAACUACAAGGGUGAGGAAUACCCAAUCCCAAUCGAUGCUGCCAAGGGUGCCGGUCCAUUGACUUCAAGAAUUGCCGAUACGAUCAUGGGUAUUCAAUAUGGUGAAAUUCCAAGUGAAUGGUCUGUUGUAUUAAACUAA